GUUACAAGUAACCCACACUUAAAAGUCGAGUGUAACUACCAAUUAGACAUACGUGGAGAUCAUGAAAUCCAACAGUAAACUAGAUAUAAAAUCUAUACAAAAAAUAACCAGUAUAGAUGAGUUAAAACAUGCUAUGGCUCAAGUUUUUCAAGAUGCUCAAUUAUCAUUAGCAGGACAUCGGAAGUUAGUUUUGAUAUUGAAGAACAUCUUUGGAAAGGCCAUAGCUUUAGAGAAAGAGGAUCAUUUCAAUCUAUAUUUCACUAAAUUAAUUAAUAGGAUCUUACCUUUGAAGAAGGGAGAAAAAUCGGGAGAUAGAAUUGCUAAAUUCUGUUCAUCAUUUGUAGCUAGUUUAACUUAUGAUGAAAUUACUAGAAAACGUGAAAGUGCAAAUGAAGAUGAUGAUACAGAAGAGGAAACUUAUACAAGUAUAUUUAUCAAAUAUUUAAUUCAUCAUCUACUUCGAGGUAUAGAAGCCAAAGAUAAAUCUGUAAGAUUUAGAGUCGUUCAACUUCUAGCAUAUUUGGUUCAUUAUAUUGGAGAAAUUGAUCGUGAUUCUUUUGAAGCCUUAUAUACUUCAUUAAUGAAACGUUUAGGUGAUAAAGAAUCAAUUGUAAGAAUUCAAGCAGUAGUUGCCGUAUCUAAAUUUCAAGAAUUUGAUUUGGAUGGUUAUGAUUAUACAUAUACUAAUAUCAGUAAUCAACAUGUUAGAGAUACAGUAAUUGAUACCUUAAAAUCUGAUGAAAGUGCAGAAGUUAGAAGAGCUGCUUUAUUGAAUAUUAUAAAGGAAAAUAAUAAUCAACCUAUCCUUGAAAGAGUUAGAGAUACAAAUGGAAUUAAUAGAAGAUUGAUCUAUUCUAGGAUUCUGAAAGAACUUGGAAGUGUAAACAAUCUAAGUUAUGAAGAACGAGAAUUCUUAUUAAAAUGGGGUCUCAAUGAUCGAGAUGAAUCGGUUAAACAAGCUGCCAUUAAAAUGUUAACUCAAACAUGGUUUGAAUCGGUUAAUGAAGAUUUACUUUCUUUAAUCUCAUUAUUAAGAGUAUCUGAUAGUAAAGUUGCUGAUUUAGCAUUAGAAACAUUCUUUCAAGUUAAACCAGAAAUCCUCGAUACCUUUAAAUUUGAUGAUAAUUAUUGGAAACAAUUAACUAUCGAUAAAGCAUUCUUAAUGAGAGUAUUUUAUGAUCAUUGCAGUAAGAAUAAUCUCUAUGAUUUAAUUGAACCAAAUUUCCCAGAAUCUAUUGAAUUAGCUAAUAUUUUAGAAAAAUAUUUACAAUUAAGAUUGAAUAGUUUUAUUGAAGAUAAUGCUACUUAUAAGAGUUAUGAAAGAUUUAAUGAAUUAAUAACUUCAAAGACAGAUGAAUUAAACUAUAGUGAAAAUCAACUUAUUAGAUUGAAUGUUGAAAUAGAAUCUUCUAAGAAAAAUAUUAAUUCUAAUCGAGAAAAUAGUCAUUAUUAUGAAAAGGCUAUUGAACUUAUAAGGAAAAGAAUUAAGAAAUUAAAUAAACAUGAUGAAUCCAUUGAAGAUUUAAUUAUUGAUGAAAUAGAUGAACAAAUUUUAAAUGAAGUUUCUGGUUUAACUCUUGAAGAAUUAAAGUCUAAGCUUGAUGAUCUUAAAGAUUCUAUAAUCAAUUUAAAUAAUGAACAUUCCAAAUUAUUAGAUUUAUCAUUAAAUGCCGAAGUAAAACAUAAGAAACUUUUAGAAACUUAUGAAUCAAUUAGAGGAGAAAUUGAUGAUAUUAAUGAACAAUUUGAAAAUGAUGGAGAAUAUGAAAGUGAAAUAAAAGAUUUAGAAUUUAUUUUGCAACAAUUACUACUUAUCUCUAAAGAAUUUGACUUUAGUGAUGAAAUGGGCCGAAGAAAAAUGCUUCAAAUCAUUAGAAAUAGUCUCACUAGUCAUAAAUUAACUAAUGAUUUGAUUUCUGUUGCUUUGAAUGUAUUAAGAAAGUUAUCUAUUAAUGAAAAGGAUUUCAUUGCUAUGUCCAGCGAAAUUAUUACGGAUAUAAGAGAUUCGUAUGAAGAAGAAAAUGAAACCUUUCAUUCUGCUAUAGAAGGGUUUGAUAAUGAAGAAGAAGAAGAUGAUGAUGAAGAAGAAGAAGAAGACGACGAUAAUGAUAAUGAUAAUUCUGCCAAAAAAAGAAGGGUAGAACCCAAAUUUCCACCUGAUAAUAUUGUCACGACCUGUUUAAUUAUAACUCAACAUGUAUUGGAAUUAAUUGAAGAAUCAUUGGAGAAUAAUUUAGCGUUAGGAUCGAUUUAUUCUGGGUUAGUUAAUUAUGCAAUUAAUUCAAAAGAAAAGUAUUCCCUUCAUUUACUAGGCUUAAAAUGUUUGGGAUUAUUUUCUUUAAUUGAUCAAUCUAUUGCUAAAGAUGCUAUUGCAACAUUUUAUCAUGAAAUUCGAAUUUCUGAUGAAGAAACUAGAAUUAUUGGUAUUAAAGCCGUAGCGGAUAUUUUAUCUACUUUUGGUACUUCUAUUCUUACGGGGAAUAUUUUAUUCAUGUAUGCUAGACUUUUUUAUAAAUCAUUAACUUCAUUUAAGAUGCCAAAAUUACAAUGUGUUGUGGCGGAAGGGUUAUGUAAAUUAUUUUUAGCAGAUAUUUUUAAUGCUAAAACUCCUGCUAAUGAUUCUACUGAGACUCAAGAAAUAAUUGAUGAAUAUGAAAGUGAAAAGCAAUUAUUUGAGGCAUUGGUGUUAAGUUAUUUCCAUCCUCUUACAUCGACUAAUGCAGAAUUAAGACAAAUUCUUGCUUUUUGUAUACCAGUAUAUUCUUUUAGUCAUCCUCAACAUCAAUUUAGACUUGCCUCAGUUAGUGGUGAUUGUAUUUAUCGAAUGUUUAAUACUCAACUUGAUGAUUUUUCUCAUCUUCAAGGUAAAUUAAAUCCUACUCAAAUUAUUCAACAAUUGAUUUAUUGGUGUGAUCCCAAUAAUUUGGUAAAUUUAAGUCAUACUAGUAUUAAAAAACAAACUUCUCAUAUUUGGCAAUCAGUUUAUUUCUUACAAGCGUUGGAACAAGAUACUUCUAAAAAUGUUAAAAGAGUAAUCAUUAAUAAUUUGUCAAGAUUCUAUAUUACUGAAGAAGUAGAAUCAAAGAUUCUAUUGGGAUUAUUAAAUGCAGUUAGAGGUACUUCAGAAGUUAUCUCUACCAAAAUUGAGAUUGAAAAGGAUCCUGAGUUUAACUUUGAUAAAUUAACUUUUAAAAAUUUUGAAGCGUUUGAAAAAUUAGUAGAAGAAGUAUACAACAAAGCUCAAGCACGCGAAGAGUCGGAGUCGGAACUCUUGGGAAGAAAUACUAGAUCUAAUUCAAUAUUGGCAGAUCUAGAUUUAGAUGACGAUGACAAAGAGGAUGCAAAAUUAAACAACAGUGACAGAAUAGAAGAAGAUCCCGAAAAUGGAAUGGAUGACAAAGAAGAUGGAGACAAGGGUGACGUAAUAGAAGAAGACAAAGAAGGUAAUGGAAUUGUUGAACACAGUAGUACCGGGAAGGAAGAUGAAGAAAACAACGAAAUAAAUAAAGAUUUGGAUGAAAUAGAUAAACUUCUCGAUGAAGAGGAGAAUGUUGAAUACGAUAUUUCUAUGGAUGAAACUUAGUUAGCUUUAGUUAUAUAGAUUCUUAGGUUAUAAAUGAAUCGAACACAAUUAGAAUUGUAAUUUUGCAGUCAAAUUUGCGACUUUUUUUUUUUCCGUAGCCAAAUAUGUAUUCUCAAUAUACACGAUAUAAGAUUA